AGUUGGAGGAAGAUUCGGAGGCUUCCUAAAUAGACACACGAAACGAAUCUCCCUUACUUACAUCAACAAAUCUUAAUGUUUAUUUUGAUUUUGAUUUUGAUGGAGGAACUUGGAACAAGAGUACCGUAAAGUAACUCUGAUACCUUUGUCCUCUUUGUCUUUCUUUCCUAUUUCAUUUCCUACUUUCUCAGGAGAGAAAAAAACGCUCACGCAUGUGCGCGCGCCCUCACCCAACAACUGCCUUACUCAUCACUUCACCCACCCAAUCGCAGAUUCACUCAAAUCAAAUCAAAAUCCUAUCUUUCUUUAAGAUUCAGUGUUUUUGCCCCUCCACUUCAACUGGGUGUCCUCCAAUUUCUUGUAAUGGCUCUUCAGUUCUGCUAGAUUAUUGAAUUCCCAAUUCGCAUUUUUUCCCUUUUUAUUUAUUAUUAUUAGAUUGGAUUGGAAGAGAUUUAAUUGCAUACGUGGCUUUUGGAGGUUGGCGAGGGUCAUUGUUUAAAGGUCCUUUUCUUUCACCGGAUUCGUAGGUUGAGAUUUUUAUAUGUGGCGGUGAUUUCUAUGCCCCGGUUGGGUGUGUCUGAUAUUGUGUUGUGUGAAUUUGUAGUAGAUCAUGAAUUUCAUUAUCAUCCAAAAGGGGUUGCUUGGUAGUGCGUGAUUAGGAUUUGGGAACUGUACAAUAGAUCACUGGAAUUUUUUUUUGGAGUGAUUAAAUUAGAUCAGAGAUGUUUUAUUUGUUAAUUUUGUGGAAGAUUGUUGUUUGUAUUGCAUAAUUGGAUGGCUGGUCUUGGGAAUAGAAGGGUGAGGAUCUAGACAGGUUGUGGUGGUUUGUGUUGUUACUAGUUGGUAGGUGGUGUUAGUGUAAUCUGUUUGUUGCAUUGCAAUGUCUGGUGGAACCCCGCGUGGGGGAGGUGGAUUAAUGAGGCAGAGGCAUAGCCAGGGGUAUGCAAGCAGUGGUGAUGACCUAGAGGAUGAUGCAUGCUCAAGGCACCGCCCCUUUUUGGCCCCGAGUCCUCCGCCUAGGACGUGGAUUGAGAUGCUGGAAAAUUUCCUUUGGCUUGCUUCUGCUGCUUUCAUUCUAUACUUUGGUGAUCAACAUUCCAAUUUGAUAUAUCUAUUGUGCCAUGACAACCGAAUUAAAAGACCGCCUUUAUAUCUUGGGAUGAUCGGUAUUGGUUUGAAUAUAAUGAUUUUCAUUUAUACAACUACCUUGGCCUGGAGUGCUCGAAGGUUUGAUGAAAAAUGGGGAUUAAAAAAAUGGGAAAUAACAAGCAUCUCUGUGUUGCCAUUCGCCACAGUAUUUGGAAUCAUCUCCUUCUGCUUUAUCCCUUGCCUCUCUAGGUUCUCCUUUGCUUUGUGGCCAAUAUGGAGUUUCUUGACACUUCCUCUUCUGUUUACACUAUUUAUGGCUUGCAUGGUAGUAAUCCCUUGCCUCAUUUUUGGGACGCUGCGGCCUCAAUAUUACGAUGAACUCCGUACAGAUUAAGCCUCAUGAUUCAAGUGAGGAAUAGUACUGACUUAGAUAAAGAGUUUCUAACACAUGUCAAUGAUUGAUUGGUAGCCCUUGCUAUGUGGUUUGAAGUUUUGUCUCCAAGUAGCAUGUUGUAUUACAUGUUAUGCUUUCCUAAACUGGUGCUAACAGUGAGAGCUAAAAAAUUCUUUUCAUCCAUACAAUUACAUUAGGUUAGAGUGAUGGUAAUGCGGCUGGUCUUAGUUGCUACAGGUAGAGAUAUAGGACUUGUGGGGAAAGUUUUCAGUUCUAUCAAUUGGACGCCUUCAGUUAAUGAUAUCAUAGCAAGCAUUUUUGCAUUUUCAGUUUUGCUUGUUUACCCGGUGGACUACUGUGGGGAGCUUAGCACUACUUAAAAUGCAGACUUAUUUGAUUGAGUUAA